UAAAUAGUAAUCAAUAAUAAUUGUUAAUAGCAAUAAUAAAUUAAAGAAACCCUUGUUAAGGGGUUAAGGGUCAAAACAUGAUUAGUGAAGUAAAAAAAUUAAAAAUAAAAACCCCAAAUUCACUGGCAAAAGCCACAAAACACAAAACACAAAACACAAAAACAAAAACCCACUCUCUCUUUCUCUCUAAUUUUUUUUUUCUUCUCUUCCUCUCUUCGUUCUUACGGAGAGAAACAUAAAUAAACAAAACCUAAACCCUCUUUUUUUUUUUUUCUUAACGCCGUAACGGGCAUUCCCAAAGGCACCGUCACAAAUUCUCACGUGCCAGUCACGUGUUUUUUCACAAUUCUCUUUUUCAUGGCUCUGGACCAGCCUUCCAACCCCAACGCCGUUGACGGGGCGGGUAACGGCGCCGCGCCGUGCUCCGCCGCGGACGGAGGCGACGACGGAAGGCCGGCGGCGAGGCUGCCGCGGUGGACGCGGCAGGAGAUUCUGGUGCUGAUUCAGGGGAAGAGUGACGCGGAGAACCGGUUCAGACCGGGUCGGGGGAGCGGUUCGGCGUUCGGUUUGAGCGAACCGAAAUGGGCGCUGGUCUCGGCGUACUGCAAAAAGCACGGCGUGAACCGGGAGCCGGUGCAGUGCCGGAAGCGGUGGAGCAACCUCGCCGGCGAUUACAAGAAGAUCAAGGAGUGGGAGUCGCAGGUCAGGGACGAAGGGGAGUCGUUUUGGCUCAUGAGGAAUGAUUUGAGGAGGGAGAGGAAAUUGCCCGGUUAUUUUGACAGGGAAGUGUAUAAUAUUCUCGAUUCUCCGUCCACGGCGGCUGCUGCGACUGUGGAGACUCCUACGGCCGCGGUGGAGGAGGAAGUGCACCUGUAUGAUAGUAAUCGGAGAGUUGGGAGUGAUGAUGGGUUGUUCUCUGAUUGUGAGAAGGAGGAGGUUUUUCUCGCCCCUGCCAAGGAUGUUCCUGCACCCGUUCCAAUCUCAGAGAAGCAGUUUCAACCACUCCUUCAACUAUGUGAACGGGAAGGCAAUGCUGAAGGUACUACCAAUGAGAAACGGGCAACCCCAAAUCCAGAAAUGGGUUCUACAUCUCAAGGAGGACGGAAGAGGAAGCGAUUUUCAACCGAUGCAGAAGAGGAAAGUUUGCAAAGUCAAUUAAUUGAUGUCUUAGAAAAGAAUGGCAAAAUGCUUCGUGAUCAUCUUGAAGCUCAGAACACCAAUUUCCAAUUGGACCGCCAGCAGCAGAAAGACACUGCAACUAACAUAGUUGCCGUACUUGAUAAGCUGGCAGAUGCUCUAGGGAGAAUUGCUGAUAAAUUGUAGAGCAAGGAGGAUCAGAAUAGAAUAGUGUACAGAACAAUUGGAGUCAACAAUAGUGGUUCCCAUAAUUUAUCUCAGGGUAGUUUGUAGAAGAUGAAUGUCACACACAUUACUUACCUUUUUUUUUUCAUUAUCUCCAGUCACUGCAUAAUGUCACUUUUUUUUGUUGUUUAUUACUGUUACUACAGCAUUUUAUACACAAAUUUGGAGGUUACUACAUUUAUUUAUUCUCUUUUUUCGGUGAGGUUUAUAUAAUGAAUAUUUCCGGGUCAAUAAUAACGGUUGUACAGAUGAUAUUACUAUUACUAAUUUAAGGUACAUUUUUAUUA